CGGCAGGAGAGGGGAUGAAGAUGGCGGACGCGAAGCAGAAGCGGAACGAGCAGCUGAAGCGCUGGAUCGGCUCCGAGACAGACCUCGAGCCGCCGGUGGUGAAGCGCCAGAAGACCAAGGUGAAGUUCGACGAUGGCGCCGUCUUCCUGGCUGCUUGCUCCAGCGGCGACACGGACGAAGUCCUCAAGCUGCUGCACCGCGGCGCCGACAUCAAUUACGCCAAUGUGGACGGGCUCACGGCUUUGCACCAGGCUUGCAUUGAUGACAAUGCUGAUAUGGUAAAGUUUCUGGUAGAAAAUGGAGCAAAUAUUAAUCAACCUGAUAAUGAAGGCUGGAUACCAUUACAUGCAGCUGCCUCCUGUGGAUAUCUUGUUAUCGCAGAGUUUUUGAUUGGUCAGGGUGCAAAUGUAGGUGCUGUUAACAGCGAAGGAGAUACACCUUUAGAUACUGCUGAGGAAGAGGCAAUGGAAGAGCUCCUUCAGAAUGAAGUUAACCGGCAAGGGGUUGAUAUAGAAGCUGCUCGAAAGGAAGAAGAACGGAUAAUGCUGAGAGAUGCACGGCAGUGGUUAAAUAGUGGUCACAUAAAUGAUGUCCCACAUGGCAAGUCUGGAGGGACAGCACUUCACGUAGCAGCUGCUAAAGGAUAUACAGAAGUUUUAAAACUCUUGAUACAGGCAGGAUAUGAUGUUAAUAUUAAAGAUUAUGAUGGCUGGACACCUCUUCAUGCUGCAGCUCACUGGGGUAAAGAAGAAGCAUGUCGAAUUUUAGUGGACAGUCUGUGUGAUAUGGAGAUGGUCAACAAAGUGGGUCAGACUGCAUUUGAUGUAGCCGAUGAAAACAUUUUAGGAUAUUUAGAAGAAUUGCAAAAGAAACAAAAUCUGCUCCAUAAUGAAAAACGAGAUAAGAAAUCGCCACUAAUUGAAUCAACUGCUAAUAUGGACAAUAAUCAGUCACAAAAGACUUUUAAAAACAAAGAGACAUUGAUAAUAGAGCCAGAGAAGAAUGCAUCCCGCAUUGAAUCAUUGGAACAAGAAAAGGUUGAUGAUGAAGAAGAAGGAAAGAAGGAUGAAUCUAGUUGCUCUAGUGAAGAAGAGGAGGAAGAUGACUCAGAAUCAGAAGCUGAAACAGAUAAGACAAAACCCAUGUCUUCCGUAACUAAUGCCAAUACAAGUACACAAGCAGCUCCUGUAGCUGUUACAACACCUACUGUGACAUCUGGCCAAGCAACACCUUCAUCACCUAUUAAGAAGUUUCCAACUUCAGUUGCUAGAAUCUCUCCCAAAGAAGAAGAAAGAAAAGAUGAGUCUCCUGCAUCUUGGAGGUCAGGACUUCGGAAGACUGGCAGCUAUGGUGCACUUGCUGAAAUCACAGCAUCCAAAGAGGCUCAAAAAGAAAAAGACAUCUCUGGUGUUAUGCGUUCAGCUUCAAGUCCCAGACUUUCCUCCUCUUUGGAUAAUAAGGAAAAGGAGAAAGACAAUAAAGGAACAAGGCUUGCUUGUGCUGCUCCUACAGUACCACGACGUCUAGGUAGUACAUCUGACAUUGAAGAGAAAGAAAACAGAGACUCUUCCAGUUUGAGAACAAGUAGUUCUUACACAAGAAGAAAAUGGGAAGAUGAUCUCAAAAAGAAUAGCUCAAUUAAUGAAGGACCACCUUAUCAUAGAAGUUGCUCCUUUGGUAGAAGACAAGAUGAUUUGAUUAGUUCUAGUGUUCCAAGCACCACAUCAGCACCAACAGUUACCUCUGCAGCUGGGCUUCAGAAAGGCCUGCUUUCCAGCACCAGCACUACUACAAAGAUUACAACGGGCUCUUCCUCAGCAGGCACACAAAGCAGUACCUCAAAUCGUUUGUGGGCUGAGGAUAGUACUGAAAAAGAAAAAGACAAUGUUCCUACGACAGUGACCAUUCCUGUUGCUCCAACUGUUGUAAAUGCUGCAGCUUCUACCACAACCCUGACUACAACUACUGCUGGCACUGUCUCCUCCACAUCAGAGGUCAGGGAGAGACGAAGAUCAUACCUCACUCCUGUUAGGGAUGAAGAGUCUGAAUCCCAAAGAAAAGCAAGAUCUAGACAAGCAAGACAGUCUAGAAGAUCAACACAGGGGGUAACAUUGACUGAUCUUCAAGAGGCUGAAAAAACAAUAGGAAGAAGUCGUUCUACUCGAAGUAGAGAACAAGAAAAUGAAGAAAAAGAGAAAGAGGAAAAAGAAAAACAGGAUAAAGAGAAGCAGGAAGAAAAGAAAGAGUCAGAAAUACCUAGAGAAGAUGAAUACAAGCAAAAAUACUCCAGAACAACGUAUGAUGAGACCUACCAGCGUUACAGACCAGUAUCAACUCCAAGUUCUACUCCAUCUUCUUCACUUUCUACCCUGAGCAGUUCCCUCUACACUUCAAGUCAACAGAACAGACCAAAUAGUCUUGUAGGUUUAACCACAACUUACUCCAGAGGAUUAACAAAAGGAAACGAAAGAGAAGGAGAAAAAAGAGAAGAGGAAAAAGAAGGAGAAGAUAAACCUAAAUCAAUCAGAGAACGACGACGGCCAAGAGAGAAAAGAAGAUCGACUGGAGUUUCAUUUUGGACACAAGAUAGUGAUGAAAAUGAACAAGAUACAGAGGAGGGAUCCAAUAAGAGAGAGACACAGACGGAUUCAGUCUCAAGAUAUGAAACCAGUUCUACAUCAGCUAGUAAUCGAUACGAUUCGUUGCUGGGUCGUUCUGGAUCAUAUAGCAGACUAGAGAAAGAGGAUUCAAUUGAUUUUAAAAAGCUUUAUGAACAAAUCCUGGCUGAAAAUGAAAAACUGAAGGCACAGCUACACGACACAAACAUGGAAUUAACAGACCUUAAAUUGCAGUUGGAAAAGGCCACCCAGAGACAAGAACGAUUUGCGGACAGGUCACUUUUAGAAAUGGAAAAAAGGGAACGAAGAGCUCUAGAAAGAAGAAUAUCUGAAAUGGAAGAGGAACUAAAAAUGUUACCAGACCUAAAGGCAGACAACCAGAGGCUAAAAGAUGAAAACGGGGCCUUGAUUAGAGUUAUAAGCAAACUUUCCAAAUGA